AGUGGAGGUUCAAUUUGACUCAUUUCAAUCAUAUUAUUUAUUUUUAUUUAAAAAUUAUAAUUAUAAUUUGAAACAUAUAAGUUUUAAAAUAUAAUAAUUUCUAUCGUAAUGCAACAAAUACAUGUAUGCGAAGUUGAAAGCAGGAUAUAUUGAGUGUCGAUCAGUCGAUCUUGACGCGUGAAGUUGUACGCGCGAGAGACAAGGCCGUUCCUCGCAAACUUUAGUUGUAUUCACGUUUCACUUGCGGAACGCGGCGGCCGCGGGGCAGAACGGGUGUCAUUGCGACGCAUUUAACAGGUGCAGAGUGAAACUUGGCAGUAAAUAUUAACUUUGCAUUGAUAUUUACUGUCAAUUUAACCAUUGAGUAAUACAGAUGCUUGUAUAUAGCCGCGGGCACGGCGUCGAUCUCAGCACGUAAAAUUGACCGCGCGGGAAACGAAGCCGGCUCGCCAUUUUGAUCCCUCGGCCUUUUCGUUUGAUUGCAGAACACGGCGGUCGCGAUGCAGAUCGGGGCGAGAGCAAGUGGCCUUGCAAAUUCCUUAAAUGAGUAAGCAAAAUCUGCACUAAUCCCGCAACAAUAUUUUCUGCCAAGCUAAUCGUAACGUAAUAAAGAUUCGGUGCUUACAUAAUUGAUGAUCCGUGAAAACGCGCAUUCUGUAAUAAUUAACAUCGAAGAAAUAUAUCGCGCGCGAAUAUAGUUGAUAAUACGACGAGCAUUGUACAUCGCAAGUAACGCGGAUAUCUCUUAAUAAUAUUAAUAUGCUUGCUCUAACAAAUGCAAAAUAAUCAUAAAGACAACGUAUUUGUUAUUUGUUGCUUGAUAACGUUGGGAAAACUGCAUGAACGCGAAGUUAACAGCGGGACAUGUAGUGUCAUUGCCGCGAUCGAUGGCGUGGAUGCGCGGCGCGACGUCGAUCCUGUCGCGUGAAGUUAACCGCACGCGGGUGACGAAGCCGCUUCUCGCCAUUUUAAGUUGUAUUCACGUUUUACUUGGAGAACUCGGCGGAUUCGGGGCAGACCGGUUCCAACUGCAACGGGUAUCAUUGCCGUCAUUGCGCGCCGCGUUAACAGAAGGUGGCAAACGCGUGAGACGGAUCGGAACCGGAGCAGCGAGGAGCGUCGCAGCUUGUUCAACAGGUAAUGCGAUGGACACUUAUACAGAAUGCGAAACGUAGUGGCUUCGCGUGGAAAUGAAUGGCAUCGCGAUUUAAUUGGUAAGCGACAUUUAUACUAAUAAUGCAUUUACGAUCUAUGCAUACUUGACAAGUUUAUUUGAACAUGUGUGACCGACCUAAAAUGUCGUUUACAUUGCCGAUGAGGCAUUAAAUGUUAAUCACGCUUCCUUGGAAUGCUACUAUGUGUGAAUUUUCACUCAAGUAUAAAUUUAAGUUUAACCAUACAAUGAUAUACAGUAUUGUUAUAAUAACACUGUAUAAAAAAAUGUGAAAAAAGUGUGGAAAAAAUAAAAGUGUGUUUCGAUUUGGAUCAAUA